UUUUCGUAUUUUGAUCUUACAAUGGCUUUAAAAAAGGAAGAAAAUGCUUCGCAUUCCUAUGAUCCUUCUCAGGGGUUUCCUCAAGCUUUACAUAGCGCUCUAUUGGAAAAUUUAAUUGCAGAGAUUUUACUUUUUUUCAGUAUUAGAUUUGACAGGCCAAAAUUCAACGCUCGCUUAUUGUUUCCGCCCCAGCCGAAAUUGGACGAAAUAGAGGAAGACGGAAGUGACAACGAUGUCUCCAACCCUCAAAGUAGAGAACAGAGUACUAGUAUUUCUAAUCAAAAUUCCGACAGUAAAUAUCGGACUUCUAGUAAAAUUUCUUCAAAGAAACGGAUUCCUGACUUUUUGAAUUUAUCAACUAUUGACAAAUUGAAGCUUCUUUGUUUUUUAAUCGAUGCGCAAUUGGCUUGUGCACAUGAUGCUAAUCAAUUGGAUGAGACAUUUACGGAUGACAAACAGAGAAUCAUUCCAAUUGCAAUUGAUAAUUCUGGACGCAAAUUUUGGUAUUUCUGUGAUACUUGGUUAUUUAUUGAAGAAGGGAAUUUAUUUGAUGUUGAGGAAGAGGAGGAAAAAGUUAACGAUUUAUUGAAUGAAGCUAUUGAAUCACGCAGAAUGUUUAUCAAGAAAAUUGGUGCUAAAAAGAAUAACAAGAAUGAUAUACGAAAAUAUUUAAAAAAUAAACCAAAUAAGGAAGUCAAACAAAUUACUAUUGAAAAACCAAAGGGAACUUUUACUCAACGAGUUUUGGAUGAAGCUAACAAGAAUCUCUGUACAUGUCCUAGUUUUCGAGUCGUUGCUAAAAAUUCUGAUCAGUUGUCUAAUUUGAUCCAGGCUUACACACAAGGAAAUGCUAAUCGCUCUAUUGUUAAGAAAUUUGAAGAAUGUUUGCAAAGUAUUCAAGAAAUUGAAAAAGAGAAUAUUAAAAAAUUGGAACAAGAAGCAUUGAUACGCCAAAGUUCACGUAUUGCUAUUUUGAAUGAAAAGAAAAGACAGAAGGCGGAGGAGAGUCGUAGAAAAGCAUCGGAAUUAGCAAAGCUAAAAAAAGAAGAAGAUGAGCAAAAAUAUCUUACUGAGAGUGCAUUCAAGCUUUGCGAACAGUCUCGUGAACAGCGUCUUAUGCAAAGGCAAAAACGCAUUCAAGAACAAUUGGACCAGGAAGAACUUGUUGAGGCAGGAAUAAUUUCGCCUUCUUCUCGAUCUCCUUAUAAAGAUGAAUUGAGUAGUAUAGGAUCCAGCACUGAAGAGAAUGAUUAUUGUAAAAUCUACAAACCCGUGAAAAAAAUGCCACGAUUACCAGCAUACGACUGGUGGAAUCCAGUCACCUCUCCCGAGUUUGACGGCAGCGACGAUGCUGGAAUGUUCCGUACUCUUUUUAGACGAAAAGAAUCCGAUAAAAAGCUUUCAAAUAUUUUGGGAAAAUCUAUUUUAAAAGACGAUCGGAGAAAAUCAUUCCCAUCAUCUAAAGGCAAUCAAUCUUUGUUCUCUGGAGAUAGUGGAAAGGGGAGAAAAUAUCCACUAAAUUCAAAGAAUUCUUUAAAUCCAAAGAGCUUUUACGGUUCAUCAGUUAGUGGUUUUGAUAAAAUAAGAAAUGCGCUUAAUUUAACAAAAAUGGAUGGUUCUGAUACAUCAGAUGAUUCGUUUAUGCAGACUUCAAAAAAAUGGGCAGCGAUACAUCCCGCCUCUUUACUAGGUUGUAACACUCCAGCAGAUAAUGAAUGUUCUGAAGAAGAUGAUAUUUAA